AUGCAACAGGAGGAAUGGGCACAGCCAAAGGUGAGUGGAAAUAACCAAGAAUCCAAGAAGGGUGAGAAUGAAGACAGGAGGCACUAUCUCACUACUGAAGCAAAUCUUUUGUCUGCUUGUCUACAAUAUGUUAAAAGUCUGGGAUCAGCACUGUUAGAUACAGGGGAUUUUGUCUACCAAGCAAAAAUGUAACCUUCUAUAGCUGUUGCAUUGUUAGUGCAGGCUCGUGAUAUCAGCCCCUGUCUGAACUGUGAUAUAUAUUGGGGUGUCCAAUUUUUCUGUCUGUCAGAUUUGUUGGCUCCUGUGUUGGGUUGGACAGCAUCCAGCGCAAAGAUGUCGCAGUAUUCUGGAAAAAUAAUCUUCUAUGAGGGAAAAUGCUUCACGGGAAGGAAACUGGAAGUUUUUGGGGACUGUGACAACUUUCAGGACCGAGGGUUCAUGAACCGAGUCAAUUCCAUCCGAGUAGAAAGUGGAGCUUGGAUCUGUUAUGAUCACCCUGACUUUAAAGGACAGCAGUACAUUCUGGAACGAGGAGAGUACCCAGACUUUCAUCGCUGGAAUGGACACAAUGACCAUAUGGGAUCCAGCAGACCUGUCAGAAUGCAUGGAGAACACUACAGACUGGAGCUAUUUGAGGGAUGUAAUUUCACUGGUCAGUGCAUGGAGUUCUGUGAAGACUGUCCUUUCCUCCAAGGACGGGGUUGGAACAAGAACUGUGUGAACGCCAUCAAAGUCUAUGGUGAUGGAGCCUGGGUCUUAUAUGAGGAACCCAACUACCGUGGACGCAUGUACAUUGUAGAGAGAGGAGACUUCCGCACAUUUAAUGAGUGGCAGGCUCAGAGCGCAAACAUUCAGUCCGUCAGACGCGUGGUAAACUACUUCUAA